ACCGUAGAAGAGGAAGCAAACCAGCGCAGAAGAGAGCAGACUCCAAACGGAAGGCGCAAGAAACAGAGUCCUUCCCCAAAUCCAACGCAAAUUCCAAGAAUCCUACUCCAAAUUGAAGAUUCCAAACUUCACAAUUAUAAAAGGAGACAAAAGCCACAAGAAAAAUGAUCUCCUUCAACCCCAACUCUAGAGGGAGAUCGAGAGACAGAUCGGGAGCAGAGCAGGGGGCCGGCCUAGGGUUCCGAACCCUAGGCCCGGCAGUCCGAUGACAACAAUCCGGAGAUGGCGGCGAUGUCAAUGGGUCCGGCGCACUGGAAGGAAGCCAUGGAUGACUCUGGUUCUGGGAAUCUGCGCAGCGAUGAAGAAGACAAUUCUAGGGGAGCACUAUUUCCUUUAAAUCUACUCCGUAUUAUUUUGCAGUCCUUAAAUUAAACUUGUGAUUUUUAUUGGAAUCUUGAUUCCGAAUUUGUGUCCAUUAUUAAACACUCCGAAUGUGCACGUUCAGCAGCAAUUUUGUUUUGAAAGUUUAAGUGUUAAAAGUGCUGAUUUCCUUGAGUGUUGACGUUGGAUUUGUUCAGAGGCUAGAUAGUCUACUCAUGAAGCUUUUCUCCGAGGUGGUUUCAGCAGAUUUCAGCGGCAAAAGACUGGAGGGGAAACCAAAUGGAUUCUUCAAGGGUAUCCCCUCUGUUGUUUUCACAAGGGAUGACAUAUCUGAGCUCUCCUCCCGCUUCAAGCUUGCGCUUGUUGCAAAGUUCCUGACCCGUCCUUCCUUCACCUCCAUGACCAAAUUCCUGCAAAAGCUGGGUCUCAAAGGAAGCUAUGAGCUAUCGGUUCUUCCACACCAGAGGUUCCUGAUAAAUUUCAGGGAAGAGGAGGACUAUUUACGCCUUUUCUUACGAGGUACAUGGCAGGUAUUUGGAUACACCAUGACCCUCACCAAAUGGAGCCCCUCCCUCUCCCAAGAAACCGAAAGCCCUGUUAUGCAUAUUUGGAUUGCAUUUCCAGAUCUCCCCAUCCAUCUUCAUGAUAAGAGGGCCCUACAUCUUAUCUCUUCCUCCAUUGGCACCCCUUUGAAGGUUGAUUCAAGCACCCUAAAUUUCUCUAGGCCUGGUUUGGCGAGGUGCUGUGUGGAGGUGGAUAUUUCUAACCUUCCUCCGGCGAAGGUCCUCAUCAACCAUGGUGGGGAGGAACUUAUCUUCUCCUUCUACUACGAAAAUUUCCCCCUUUACUGUAAGAGCUGCAAGAGAACUGGUCACCUCCAAGACACUUGUCACCGGAAACAGGCUGAUCGGAAAAAGGAAGCUACAUCGGAAAAGGUUGCCAAGGACAGUAAGGAUCAACUCUUGGGAGAAAAAAAUGAGGGAAAAUGGCAACAGGCUGUUAUUGAGGAAGAACAAAUCCUCUCUUGUUGUUUUAAACACCUUGAAUCCUCAUCUUCUCUGUGGAUCUCAAAUGUCUAUGGAAAACACAACAGAGUUGAUAGAAUUAGCCUUUGGAACUCUUUAAGAGGUCUGUAUCCAAUUCAGUGCCCUUGGAUCAUUGGUGGAGAUUUUAACACCGUUGCCUCCAUUACUGAACACAAAGGUGUAAUUUGCCCUGAUAUUCGUAGUAUGGAUGACUUAAAUAAGGCCAUUUCAGAUUGUGAGCUCAUUUCCCCUCCCUUUCUUGGUAGCCAAUUCACGUGGUUUGGAAAAAGGGGUAGGGGGAGGGUGUGCAGAAGACUUGAUCGGGUUCUUAUCAAUGAAGCUUGCAUGGAUCUAUUCCCUAACAUUGAAAUUAAACACCUGGGCAGGGGGAAUUCAGAUCAUAGGCCUAUCCAAAUCAAGCUUCUUCACAGUUCAGCUUCAGGCCCAAGGCCUUUCAAAUUCCUAAAUUUUUGGACGUCUCAUAAUACAUACAAAAACAUGUUCUCUUCCUCUUGGGAUAUGCACUAUGAAGGUGGGGGUAUGAGAGGGUUGGCUAAAAAGCUCUCCAAUUUCAAGAGAUCUCUCCAUGUUUGGAACAAAAAGACUUUUGGCAACCUGUUCCUUGAAGUGUCAAAUGCUGAAAAAAGGGCAGAAAAGGCUGAGGAAAAUCUUGAAAAUGAUGACUCAGAAACCAACCUACUUGAAUUCAAACUUGCCACAGCCCUCCUCCAACAAACUCUAAAAAAGGAGGAAAGUUUUUGGGCUCAAAAAGCAAAUCUAAAAUGGAUCUCCCAGGGCGAUGCCUCCACAGCUUUCUUUCACUCUUUUGUUAGAGGAAGAAGACAUAGGUUGUUUAUCUCCUCACUAAAAGAUGGCAAUGGGAAAAUUUUUAAUACCACUGAGGGAAUUUCUAAUUUAGUUGUCGAGCAUUUCACCAGUGUUUUCUCAACCAACCAUGAAGGGGAAAUGGGGGAAAUCCUGGCUCACAUCCCUACCUGUGUUUCCCACCAGGACAACAGUUUGAUUAUGGCUAUCCCAGAGGAGGAGGAAAUCAAAAAGACUAUUUGGUUCCUUAAUGCGAAUAGUACUGCAGGUCCUGAUGGUUUCAAUGGUUUCUUCUUCAGAGAUUCUUGGGAUACAAUCAAAACUGAUGUUUGUAAGGCAGUCCAAGAAUUUUUUCUGGGUAUCCCCCUUCCAAAAGCUUUUGGCAGUACUCUCCUCACCCUUAUCCCAAAGAAGGAAGGUUCCAUUACCUUGGAUCAAUUUCGUCCCAUCUCACUAUCCACCUUUUUCAGCAAAAUCAUUUCCAGAAUUUUAAGUGAGAGGCUCAAGAAGAUCAUUCCAAAACUGAUUUCCCAAGAGCAAGCAGCCUUCCAGGUUGGUAAAAACAUAACUGACCAAAUUCUCAUGGUAAAAGAGAUGGUCCACCUUCUCUCUGCAAAUACUAGGGGUGGAAACUGCAUAAUCAAACUUGAUCUCUCAAAGGCUUUCGAUAAACUCUCAUGGACCUAUUUGGAAGGUGUACUUACCAAAUUUGGCUUUAUCCAGCAUGCCAUACAUCUCCUAAUGGGUAAUUUAAAGGCAACCCAUUUUUCAGUCCUAGUUAAUGGGCAGCCAAAGGGGUUCUUUCCCAUGAAAUGUGGUGUUAAGCAGGGAGACCCCCUCUCCCCACUACUGUUCAUCAUUGCUUUGGAAGGUCUGUCCCGGUUCCUAAACUAUCAUCACUCCAGUGGCCUUAUCAAGCCUUUCUCAGCUGGAAGAACCCCCACACCAUGCCAUCUCCUCUAUGCUGAUGAUAUCAUCUUAUUUACCACAGCUAAUAGCAGGAAUCUUUUAAGACUUAGGGAACUCCUCUCCACCUUUUUGAGGGCUUCAGGACAAGAAAUAAAUUACUCCAAGAGCCAAGUAAUUGUUCAUGGAAAGAUGAAGAUUGAAAAACAGAAUAUGAUUAGGAGAAUUCUCUCCAUCAGAUGCAACACAAAGGAGUUCACCUACCUUGGCUCUACUAUUGUCAAAGGUAAACUAAGGAAAGUUCACUGCAAGGACUUGAUUGAAAAAUUUGAGAAGAGGCUAAAUGCUUGGUAUAGCAAAAAGCUAAACCAAAUGGGGAGGCUCAUUCUCAUUAAACAUGUGCUAUCUUUGAUUCCCUUACAUCUUAUGGCUGCUCAAAGAAUCCCCAAAUCAAUCCUUAAAAGCUUAAACAGGCUUAUGGCAAACUACUUCUAGGGGGCAAAAGAAGAAGGUCAUAAGUAUCACUGGAGGAAAUGGGAUAGACUAUGUUUCCCAUUUGAGGAAGGAGGGCUGGGUUUGAGAAAUCUCCUACACUGCCAAGUUGCUGCGUUCAUUGAUCUUUGGUGGAAAGUGGUUCAGGGUCACUCUCUAUGGGG